UUUUUGUUUUUUUGUUAUUCAAAUAUUGAGCGAGGGCCAAGCUGGGUCGAUCACAAACAAAAAUAACUUUUUGGGAAAAUGAAAACUGUAACUAAAAUGUCAAUCACAUAUUUUUUAUCGAUACCAUAAAGUAAAGGUUAUCUUUUCGUGUUCAGGAGUUGAUGUUCUACAAGUUGCAUCGUAAAAGAGAUAAUGUACUUCACUAAAGAAAGCAAUAGCAGACUCAUAUCACAUACACUUAUAUUUUUUUUCCAAUUCGCUUUCAAGUGCCGUGUCCAUCUGCCUAUCUUGAUCGCUAUUUUUGUCAUCCCUUUAGAUAUGCAACUUCAUGUUCAACAGCAACCAGUUUGAAGAAAAUGAUACGCAAAUUAAGAAUGCUAGUACAUUAGUUAUUGAUACUUACCUGUAAAACAUUUUUGAAGAUGUCUCGUAGCGUUAAAGACUUGCGAGAUCUUGUUUGCAUAUCGCGUUUGACAGUUCGUGAAAGUGAUGAUGAAUUGAGUGAGGACGAAAGUUUGAUUCGUCCAUUUAGCUCCAUGAGUAUUUUGUCCGAUGGUACAACAAAAUCGCGGGAAAUAAAACAUGAACCAGAUUCACCAAAGGUUCCAAAACCACCAAGCACUUCCAAGCGACCUAAACAUGAACCAUCAAAACACAGAAGGUCUGAAAAUAUUCAGAAGAAUGCCACCAAUUCUGUGGUAAAAACAGUUAUUUCUUGCAACCACGUUGGUUCAAAUGAUUCAAUUGAUUUUAAAUCGGUUAGAAAACCACUACCGCCACUUAAAACAUCAAGACCAUCAUCAAGUAGUAGCGAUGAAACCCGCCCAAUAUCUUCUGGGAACUUUGAUGGUAUUCUAACGUUUAUGGAUGAAACUUGCGUCGAAUCAUUUCUGAAACGUGCCAAUGAAAUGGUCAUUGAGUUGUCAUCUUGGUGCCACUGUAAUAACAAUUUUGUUCACUUUGCUGAUUUUUGGCUCCACAAGGUUCCUGACAGACAGAAAUUGGACUUGUACGAACUCGAAGUUGGAAUAAUCACCGACGAACUCAUGUUUGCAUUUGAGGCAGGAAUUGAGCAACAAAAGGUACAGCUCAGUGAUAUACGCAAGUUGGUUUCAGCUGUUCUACGCGAGUACCCCACUCGGCUAUGCACCCUUCGUGGACCCUAUUUAUUCCUUGACAUCUUAGACACGCUUUCGUCGGAUAAAACCGAUGCUUACAGAGAACUUCUAACAGAUGUUAAAAUAUCAACCAGAAAUCGUAAAUUUGCGCAGUGGAUGCUUGCAACAAGGGCGUUUGCAUUACUCAAUGUCUGGAGUGCCGUUGUGAGCUUUUAUCGCCGACUGAUCAAUGAUCCCAUGGGUGCCACUGCCAAAAGUCCACCGGUAGAGGUUCGAUCUAAAGACAGUGCCAUUCAGAGAGCGUUUGUAGCCACUGGACUGGGCUAUGUGCAUUUUCUACAUUAUUAUUUCAAAACAAGUAAGGUCUCACCCAAUGUGGUGGAUACUCAAAAACGUUCCCUGGUGUUCGAAGCUGUAACGUGUAAUCAGGAAACAACAUUGUUGUAUCUGUUAACCAAGACAAAGCCGAGGCCAGAUGUAAAUAAGCCGGCAGACUCGGGGAACGUGGCCCUGCAUACAGCAGCCAACACGGGUAACGUACAGUUCGUGCGUAUGCUACUGGAUAAGGGAGGUGCGGAUGUUAACUGUAGAAAUGUGAAGUGUGAUGGAGCCACACCUCUUCAUCUUGGCGUUAUGCAAGGGCAUAAUGAAGUUUGUCAAGUUCUACUUGAAGCUGGCGCUGAUAUCCAGGCUAGUAUGGAUGGAGUUACCCCGUUAGACCUGGCUCAAGAUUUGGGCCACACCACGAUAUCAGAGGCAAUAUCAAAGAUGGCUGAUUCACAGUCCCAGUCAGGGAGUCCUAUGGAAGUAGAAGAAUCAUGAACACAAGUUGGGAAAUAAAAAUGUAGGAAGUUUGGUGAAGGCGGGAAUUAUAACAAAGGAAUAAAGAGCAUAUUGUAUAGAGUACUAGAUGUCAGUAUAAAGGAGAUGAUGUAUAUUUCAUAGGGUGGAUACCAAAAUCAGGGCACAUUACCAACGCAAAGUAGUGUUAAGCUUGCAAAGAGGGUCUGCUGUAUAUUCUUCCGACACAUCUAUAGUUGUGUUUAUAGUAUGACAUGGUCGCAUCUGUUUGUCAAAUCUUACCUCUGUAAUCUGAUAACACUGUAUUCCUAAUUUCCUAUCAUAUACACGGAAACCAGCUUACGCCAUCUCUCUCAACAGAGAGCAUACAUAAAAUAACUGAACAGUGAAAUUUAUGUUGAUAUUGUAUAAUUUUGAAUAAAUUUCUCAUGAUAUUGUUUGUAAUAUUA